AUGCGCAUUGUCACCCGUAAGCAACAUAUCGCCUUCGAGGCCGCUCAAGCCGUACCGCUGCAGGCUGGGAAACGCAUCAGGACACUGAACGAUCUGCACAAUCUUCUCUCGCUUGCCACAUUCAGUCCCAACCAUGCCGCCUUCAUUGAUAGUCUGGAUAUCAUCCUACUGUCAGCCUUCCUCCCAUCCGCUCUGCGCGCGACGUUGGCUUCAUUACCAAACCUCACCGACCUCAUCUUGAUUGCUCCUCGCCUUCGAAACCCUGUCGCUCUGCGCGGCAUUCAUCUCCCUCAAUUGCAGUACUUCCGUACCGAUCUCUCCCAUGUUAUUCUCACCAACUUCCUUGCCGCACACCCACACAUCAUGAAUCUUGAUCUCGUUGGCAACUCACGUCAUUGCGAUGUGCCAUGUCCCUUACAGGAGGUGGAUUUCCGCGCCACAAAAUCCCUCAGCGGUCCUGCAUGCUGUGCCGUCCAGAUUGCACCUUCCGGGCUCACACGCCUCACCAUGGAUCUCGAAGGGUCUUCCACCGGUCCUACCCACCCCCUGCGCAUGUUAGACCCUCCCCUUCCCGGACUCUAUGCGCUUAUUGUUGACAUCCGCGACGACGACUAUAAUAUUCUGGACGAAAUUGCGCGCGCGUGCCCUUCCGUGCGAAAGUUGAAGCUUAUCGAAAAGCCGUUGACGAAGAAUGGUGACACUCUCCCCCGUUGUCCAUGCGAAGACCCCUGUAUAUGGUCUGAGGCUCUCAAGCGGCUCGAGGUGCUGGAGGAGCUUUUAUUCCGUACUUCAGCUUUGUUGGUGCGAAGGGCGGGCGACUGGAAUGAAGAAUUUAAGCUUGUCAUGUCAUGGGUCAACGGCGCUCGCCGCCCGCGCUCCCGUGCACAUGUUAGGCCUCACCCAAAGCUAUACCACAUCGGUAUCUGGUAUGGCGGACCUGCUGGAGGCGGCUGCGUAACCCAUUGGUCUAAACCUUACAGGUCACAGUGGGAGCGGGCUGUGUCAAUUGUGAACCCCCCCGCCGAUCACCUCUUCAUUUGA